AUCCAGGAAUCACAAGAUUUGCCACAAACUUCCUCACAUUGCAGUCUAUGCUUAGGUCUAAGUCUGCCUUGAGACGUAUGAUUGUUGGUGAGGAGUGGUCUUCCUCAUCCUAUGCUACCACCCCUGCAGGGAUAGAGAUGGCAGACUGCUUUUUUUAUGAGCAAGGCUUUUGGGUCCCUUGUGAUGAGAUAGUGAAGUUUGUUAAGCCCUUGGUGGUUUUGUUGCGAGUUGCGGAUGGAGAUAAGCCCGCAAUGGGCUAUAUAUAUGAGGGCAUGGAUAGGGCGAAGGAGGCCAUCAGAUUCGUCUAUGGAGCAGAUGAGAGCAAGUAUGGUCCCAUUUGGGAGAUCAUUGAUAGGAGAUGGCAUCAUUAGCUUCAUAGGCCCAUCCAUGCGGCAGCCUAUUAUCUGAAUCUGGCAUUCUAUUUUAUCCCUUCUUUCAAGGCUGAUGUGGAGCUCCUUAACGGGCUAUAUGCAAUCAUGGAGAAGAUGGGACCUGGUGGUACUUCUCAGAUAGACCUUUUUCGAGAGCUAUAGAUGUUCUUAGAUGCACAAGGGGAGACCUUCUCUCGUCCUAUCGCCAAAGACUGUAGGACAACUAUG